AUCUAGCUUCCUUCAAACCUCUUUGAUACCCCCAAGCUAGUCGAGAGUCAUUGUGAACCCCUUGCAGAGCCUUUACCAAUCAAAACGUUUGUCAAAGUUUUCCAAUAUGGCGCCUUAGCAACGAGAAAGUCAUCCUUCUUCGUGCUGUAAGAUAUAAACGGGCCACCUACUAGUCAAGUUGACAAAUUCGGUACCCGGCAAAGGGGUCUAAGCUCACAUCUUGUUAAAUUCGAAAUGUAUGAAAGGUUAUAUUAGCGGUGUCAAGCCAAAAUAAGUUUGUAAACAUGGCGCCCUAGCAACCGAAGGCUUGUUGUGGAGCCUUGUCACAAAUUUAUUACACUAUAUUCAUCCGCGAUCACAAACGUUAAGAAUUCAUCAAAAUAGAAAUUAGGGACAAAAUAAAACACUACAAAGCUAUGAUAUUGCUAUGACAUAUUAUAACUCGGGUUCUAAAUAGAAUAUUUUGAUGUUUUUCCCCAAGCCGGUUGGACUAUUUUCAGUAACCGCAGCACUUCUAUUUUCAACUCAAUUAAAAGAUUGCGCGGGUCGAAUGAGUCGAAGAUUUGCGCGACGGAGAAGAUGGACUUGUAUUUAACGCUGUAAAUAUCAAUAUUUUGGACCGAACAUGGCUCUAGACGACGUGCGGUUGGAAUGGAUGCGAAACAAAGUCUACUCAGGUCUCGGCAUCGAAGAUACGGAGAUUUUUGAGGAACUCUUGAACCGAGAAGAUGGCGAGUACGAACGGAAGAUUCUGAAGUUUUUGAACGAAAGUCCUGAGAGUGGAUCCCCAACUGCUAUCCUGUUCUACUGUCAGACUCAGGAAGAAGAAGAAGAGGUUGAAGUAGAAUGUGAACCUGAGGUGCCAGACAUCCCGGUAGAUGACGGGGCGGCCGGCAGUGAUGAUGACAAGAGGAGCGGGGACGGAGACGGAGAGGGGGAGGGGGAGGGGGGUGGCAGUCGGGCAGAGGGGGAUGCAGGGGCAGACCCAGGGGCCACUACACCUGCAGCACAACCUGCAGAAGGUGACACAGAGCAGCCAGCAGCAGCGGAAGGUACCACUGCUGCAGAGGGGGAGGAGGCUGGUGGUGAGGAGGGACAGGAAGGGGCAUCAUCAGCCACGCCCGAGGUGGAGAUGCCCAAGUCGAGACAGACUAAAAUCAUUAUCCAGACCGUGAUGCGGUCGUACCUGUUUGUGUGCAUGGACCACCUCCCAGAGGAGCUAGCAGACCAGGACUGCGUGUUCUUUCUGCGGAACGCGCUCGGCACCGUGGACUGUCCAAACGACAUUGAGGAGGCGAAUGAGACCCUCCCCAAACAGUUUGAGUUCGGGAUCCUGAACGGACACUCACUGGUCAUGCUGGAACACAUUAUCAGCCAGGUCUACACUCCCCUCCUGUCCUAUAACACCCACAGAAAUGGCGGACCCCAGGCGAGCGGUUCGUCCGUGCCCCCGUCCCGCGGCGCUGCCACACCGCGGGCCCCACCAGAGGACCACGGCGAGGAGGAAGGGGAGUUCAACAUUAAGGAGUCCCAGACACGAGCUCUGCUGAGGGACGAGUUCCUCAUCAACAUGCAGAAAUUCACAGGUCACAUCAGCCGCACGAUUGGUCAGAUCGAGGGCGAGGUUCGCCUGGAGAUUCCCGAGCUGAACCUGGAAGGGUCAGAGGUCGACCUGGCGAAGGAUUCCGCUCUCGUGGAAGAGAUAGAAAACGCGACGUCAAGUUGGGAGCGACAGAUCCACCAGGCACUGGAGCACCAGCAGAAGAAACAACCGCAGGGGAACGGUCCGCUGGCCGAGAUCGACUUCUGGCGGGAGCGUAACGCCGCGCUCAGUGCGCUGCACGAACAGCUCAAGAUUCCUGUGGUCAAAAAGAUGUUGACCAUCCUGACCAAGGCAGACAGCCCCUUUGUCCAGUCGUUCGAGUCAGAGAGAGCCGACCUCACCAAGUUCUAUGUGGAGGCGAAAGACAACGUCAGGUUCCUCUCAACACUGGAGAGACACUUCAAGAAUCUGACCCAUGGAACGGGGUUCAAUGUCGUGCUGGACACCAUCCCUUCCCUGAUGAACGCCCUGCGGAUGGUGUGGAUCAUCUCACGACACUACAACCGCGACGAGAGGAUGGUGCCUCUCAUGGAGCGCAUUGCCUGGGAGCUGGCCGAGCGUGUGGCCAGGGUCAUCAACAUCAGAACCAUCUUCAAAGAGAAGACAGAGCAGGUGAAGAGUAGAACCUCGGAGGCUAAGAAGACUCUCGAGCUGUGGAAGGAGUGUUACUUCGACGUGCGAGCGAAGAUCGAGGCCUCGGGAAGGGACUCCAGAUGGGAGUUUGAUCGCAAGAAGCUGUUUGAGAGAACAGACUACAUGGCCUCCAUAUGUCAGGACAUAUAUGACAUUGCACAGGUUCUUGAGGAGUUCUACAACAUCUUCGGCCCUGAGCUGAAGGCUGUGACGGGAGAUCCCAAGAGGAUCGAAGACGUGCUGAAGAGAGUGGAUGGGCUGGUGGAGCCUGUGGAGGAGGUGAGUUUCGACCCGUUCGGGCUGCGUCACCAGAACCAGUGGAAGGCUGUGAUGGACUGGUUCAACCGCGAGGUGCUCGCCAUCGAGGGCGAGGCCAAGCACUUCAUCGACGAGUCCUUCAAGACGCUGAGGUCGGCCGAGGGCGCGUUCGACCUGCUGCUGAAGUUCAAGCACAUCCGCACACGCGACGCCAUCAACUCACAGCUCAUGAGGAAGUUCAAUGACAUCCUGCUGCAGUUCGGGAAGGAGGUGGACACGAUGAACUCCAUCUACCAGCAGUACAAGGACGACCCGCCGCUCUCCAAGAACCAGCCUCCCGUUGCCGGGGCGAUCAUGUGGGAGCGCUCGCUCUUCCACCGCAUGAAGCACGUCAUUAUCCGCUUCCAGGUGCUGGAUGAGAUGCUGUCUACUGACCAGGGCAAGCAGGCCCGGAUGCGGUACCUGACGGUUGCUAAGGAGAUGAAGGUGUUUGAGGAUGAGAAGUAUGCGGCGUGGCGGGAGCAGGUGGAACAGGUGUUACCAGGUUUCCUGAAGAGGAACCUGCUGGCCAAGCCCCAGCAGACAGAGGAGGAGGGACAGGGCAAGGAGGAGGCACCCGCAGCUGGUGAAGAAUCCAAGAAGGUGAAGUAUGUGGUAGACUUUGCCCCUGAGCUGUCUGAGAUCAUCACAGAGACUAAGUACAUGGAACAGCUGGGCUUUCCUAUCCCUGAGACAGCCAGGAACGUAGCACUGCAGGAGGAUAAGUACAUCCGGUAUGUGGACGGACUGCGUCACAUGCUGAACAGGUACCACUCACUACUGGGCUCACUGGACGAAGCUGAGACCCAGUUACUGGAUGAACACAUUCGUGAGCUGAGGAGAGUCCUGCGACCAGGCUACAAGCGGCUGAACUGGAACUCUCUCGGCAUCAACGACUACGUCUCCAGAGUACAGCAGGCCAUGGGCAAGUUUGAGUCGUUAGUGAACCAGAUCCAGAAGAAUGCGCGGGACAUCAACGCUCGCCUGGCCAUGGUGGAGAACUCUAACCUGUUCAAGAUUCCUCCUCCCAAGGCUGGGGAGACACUACCAGGGGCUAAGGAAUUCUUUGAGUACAUUGAGCGGGAGAGGUCCAAAGACUAUGAGCUUCUUGCGAGGAAGUACCGUGCCAUCGGUCCUCUCCUCACCAAGAUGGAGGGCCUGGUGGUGCACACCAACACGGGGAAGUCCCCCAAACUGCACUCCUACUACAACUACUGGGAGAGAAGAGUAUACAACUCUCUCACAGCGCUUGUGAAGAGAAACCUGUCGUGGUUCUGUCGCGCCAUCACGUCCCCCAAGCCGCUCUUCCAGAUCGACGCCAUGCUGUCGGCGCCGGAGAUCGUCCUCACGCCAAACCCCAACGAGAUCUACAAGCUAUGCAUGAACUGUGUCAGAGAUGCUGUGGAAGGUUCGAAGCUGUUUGUGCGCUGGAUGCAUGGCACCUGUAUCGAGACCCCUCCUCAGCACGCAGAGGGGGAGGAUGAACCAAUCGUGUUCAGCUUCUUCACGGACAUCGCGGCAGACUCCGGGGUCAUCGACCUGGUUGUGACGGCUUCCCAGAACGUCCAGAAGACGCUGAUGGCGCUGAACAAGUACCUGAGUAGGUGGAAGAGAUACAGGCCGCUCUGGAAACUGGACAAGGGCAUCAUGAUGGAGAAGUUUGCUGCUAAGAAGCCGUCCUGUGUGGCCUACGACGAGAAGCUUCAGUUUUACACCAAGAUUGCACACGAGGUAUCUGAGCAGCCCCUGGUGAAAGAUGAGGACUGUAUCCGGCUGCAGCUGACUCCGCUGGCCUCCACGGUACAGGACCACGCCAAGGCUUGGGUCAGCUCGCUCGGAAAACUCCUCAACGACUCCGCCAAGGAAGAGCUCUUCACUCUCAAGACGGAACUGGAGGGCCAGACCUCUGACUUGAAGAAGGUGCCGGACACCUUGGAGGAUCUGAAGUUUGUUCUCGGCGUGAUCGCCAACAUCAAGGACAUCUCACUUGACGUGGAGAUGAGAUUUGUUGACCUACAGGAGAGAUAUCGCACAUUGGGCAUGUACAAAAUAGAGGUGACAGAAGAGGAGACGGAUCUGGUGAAAGACAUGCCCCAGAUCUGGGGAGACCUGUUCCUGGACUCCAAACGUGUGGACGCACGCCUUGCACCUGUCAAGAAGAAGUUCACCGAGAUCACCUUGCAACAGAUUCAGGAGUACGACAAGGACCUGAACAACUUUGGGGAGAAGUUCCACGCUGAGGGACCGGGAGCCGUGGGGGCAGACUUAGACAAAGGAGUUGAGAUUCUGGAACAGUAUCAGAAGGAGCUAGCGAAGUACGAGAGAGAGAGACAGGAGCUGGCGAACGCUGAGCGUCUGUUUGACCUGCCCAUCACCAUGUACCCACUGCUACAGCAGGUGCAGAAGGAGAUGAAGGGGCUGGAGAUGAUCUACACUCUAUACAAGCAACAGAAGGCCGCCCGUGAGGAGUGGUCCCAGACCCUCUGGGCCAACCUGAACGUGAACCAGCUAGUGGAGGGUAUUGAAGGGUUUAUCAAGCAGCUGAAGAGGAUGCCGAAGGAUGUGAAGAGCCUCCCCUGCGCCCAUCACCUGGAUGCCAAGAUGAGGGAGUUCCAGGCCUCCAUCCCGCUCUUCGUGGAUCUCAAGCACGAGGCACUGCGAGAACGCCAUUGGAAGGAGCUGAUGGAGAAAACGGGGAAGUCGUUUGACAUGAACCCCGAAACAUUCACUCUGGAGAACCUGUUUGCCAUGGACCUGCACAACUACGCAGAAACCAUCGCUGAUAUCGUCACCUCCGCAUCCAAGGAACUCAGUAUUGAGAAGGGCAUCAAGGAAGUAGAGGAGACGUGGGCCAGUAUGAAGUUUAUGGUGCACAAAUACAUCAAAGGCACCUCCGACCGUGGGUUCAUCCUGGGCUCCGUUGACGACGUCAUGCAGAUUCUGGACGACAAUGCCAUGAACCUACAGAGCAUGUCAGCCUCGCGGUUCGUGGGACCUUUCCUGCAGACUGUACAGAACUGGGAGAAGGGGCUGUCUCUUAUCGCUGAGGUGGUGGAGGUGUGGAUGGUUGUGCAAAGGAAGUGGAUGUACCUGGAGAGCAUCUUCCUGGCAGGAGACAUCCGCUCACAGCUGCCCGAGGAGGCCAAGAAGUUUGAUGCCAUCGACAAGAUGUUCAAGAAGAUCAUGAACGAAACCGCCAAGUCUCCCAUCAUCAAGACCACGUGCCACGCGCCCAACCGGCUCUCGGACCUGCAGAACCUGAGCGAGGGGCUGGAGAAGUGCCAGAAGAGUCUCAACGACUACCUCGACUCCAAACGGAACGCCUUCCCAAGAUUCUUCUUCAUCUCCGACGAGGAACUGCUCAGCAUUCUGGGUAGCUCGGACCCCAACUGUGUCCAGGAGCACAUGAUCAAGAUGUAUGACAACAUCUCAGCGCUGAAGUUCAACGAGGGCUCGAACGGCGAGACCCUGGCGACGGCCAUGAUCUCUGCGGAGGGGGAGGUGAUGGAGUUCCGGAGUAACGUGGCGGCCGAGGGUCGCGUGGAGGAUUGGAUGACGGCAGUACUCCAAGAGAUGAGGUCCACCAACCGCCUCAUCACCAAGGAGGCCAUCUUCAAGUACUGCGAGGAUGGCAUGCCCAGGGUUGAAUGGAUGACCCUGUACCAAGGCAUGGUAGUCCUUGCAGGGAAUCAGGUCUGGUGGACAUGGGAGGUCGAGGACACCUUCGCUGCUGACAGGACUCUUUAUGAUGCUUGUGUCAAUGGGAAAAGUUCUCAAAGGCACCACCAAACCGUCACCGGACAAAUGUUGAAUUCAACUGACCCUGUCUAGGUUCAAAAUCUAAAAUCUAGAGCAUCUUUAGUGAAGCUGACUCACUACAACAUGAUUAAUGCCGUAUAUUCCAGUAUCAUGGACAUCCGGGAGUUUGAGUGGGAGAGCCAGCUGAGGUUCUACUGGGAUCGGCCCCUCGACGAACUGAUGGUCAAACAGUGUACCGGCUCCUUUGGGUAUGGCUACGAGUACAUGGGUCUGAACGGGAGGUUGGUCAUCACCCCACUGACCGACAGAAUCUACCUAACCCUUACACAGGCCCUGUCGAUGUACCUGGGGGGUGCUCCGGCUGGCCCUGCUGGUACUGGCAAGACAGAAACCACCAAGGAUCUGGCCAAGGCCCUGGGUCUGCUGUGUGUGGUCACCAACUGUGGUGAGGGCAUGGACUUCAAGGCGGUGGGUAAGAUCUUCUCGGGCCUGGCGCAGUGCGGCGCGUGGGGCUGCUUUGACGAGUUCAACCGUAUCGACGUGUCGGUGCUGUCCGUCAUCUCCUCACAGAUCAAGACCAUCCAGAACGCCCUCAUUCACAAACUCAAGCGCUUCCAGUUUGAAGGGAGCGAGAUUGCAAUGGAUGACCGCAUGGGUAUUUUCAUCACGAUGAACCCCGGGUACGCUGGGCGUACGGAGCUGCCAGAGAGCGUGAAGGCGCUGUUCCGGCCCGUGGUGGUGAUUGUUCCCGACCUGCAGCAGAUCUGCGAGAUCAUGCUGUUCUCUGAGGGGUUCCUGCUGGCUAAGGUCCUUGCCAAGAAGAUGACGGUGUUGUAUAAGCUAGCCAAAGAGCAGCUGUCCAAGCAGCACCACUAUGACUUCGGCCUGCGAGCGCUCAAGUCUGUGCUGGUGAUGGCAGGGGAGCUCAAGAGAGGGUCACCUGACCUGGACGAGGACGUCGUGCUGAUGCGAGCCCUGCGUGACAUGAACCUGCCUAAGUUCGUGUUUGAGGACGUUCCCCUGUUCCUGGGGCUGAUCGGCGACCUGUUCCCCGGGCUGGACUGUCCGCGUGUCCGCUACCCGAGCUUCAACGAUGCCGUGGAACAAUCGCUGGAAGAUAACGGCUAUGUCCUGCUUCCAGAACAGGCUGACAAGGUAGUGCAGAUGUACGAGACCAUGCUCACCAGACACACCACCAUGAUUGUGGGGCCCACGGGAGGGGGCAAAUCUGUUGUCAUCAACACACUCGCUCAGGCACAAACCAGACUUGGGCUGAACACCAAGCUGUACGUGAUGAACCCCAAAGCCUGUACGGUAAUCGAGCUGUACGGAAUCCUGGAUCCCAUCACCCGAGACUGGACUGACGGGAUGCUGUCCAACAUCUUCAGGGAGAUCAACAAGCCUCUGCAGGGUGAGAAGCAGGAGCGGCGGUACAUCCUGUACGACGGUGAUGUCGACGCCCUCUGGGUGGAGAACAUGAACUCUGUCAUGGACGACAACAAGCUGCUGACUCUCGCCAACGGUGAACGUAUCCGCCUGCAGAAGCACUGCGCCAUGUUGUUUGAGGUAGGAGACCUGCAGUACGCCUCCCCGGCUACCGUGUCCCGUUGCGGUAUGGUCUACGUCGACCCAAAGAACCUCGGCUACCAGCCCUUCUGGGAGAAGUGGGCGAACGGCAGGCCCAACAAGGCGGAGAGGGACGACCUGAACAGGCUGUUUGAGAAGUACGUCCCGCCCGCGAUCGACAUGGUGAUUGAAGGCAUCGUGGACGGAAGGCAGGGAGAGAGACUGAAGUGCAUCGUGCCCCUCACCAACCUCAACCUGGUGGUUCAACUGUCCAACAUGCUGAAUGCCAUCCUAGUCAAGGAGGUGUCUGACUCUAUGAUACUGGAGGCGUACUUCCUGCAGUGCCUGUACUGGUCAAUUGGAGGUGCUCUUCUGGAGGAUGGCCGUGUCAAAUUUGACCAGCUCAUCAAGGGCCUGUCCCAGAUGACUACGGUGACUGAUGAGCCUGGGAAAUAUGCUGGCAUUGGAGAAAUACCUGGUGCCCAGCCCACCCUGUAUGAGUACUUCUUCGAUGAUGUGCAGAACCGCUGGAUCCCGUGGGGCGAGCUGGUGCCAAAGUACGUCCACGACCCCGAGAAGAAGUUCAACGAAAUCCUCGUCCCGACGGUCGACACCGUACGCAGCACCUGGCUUGUGCAGCUCAUGGUUAACAUCAAGAGGCCUGUUGUCCUGGUGGGAGAAACAGGAACAUCGAAGACAGCCACGAUCCAAGACUUCCUUCGCAGCGUGGACAAGGAGACCCAUCUCCUCCUGACCAUGAACUUCUCGUCGAGAACCACCUCGAUGGACGUGCAGCGUAACCUUGAGGCUAACGUGGAGAAACGCACCAAGGACACUUACGGGCCGCCGCCCGGGAAGAGACUCCUCUGCUUCAUAGACGACAUGAACAUGCCACAGGUGGACACCUACGGGACCCAGCAGCCCAUCGCUCUCCUGAAGCUACUCCUGGAGCGCGGCGGAAUGUACGACAGAGGAAAAGAGCUCAACUACAAGAUUCUGAAGGACCUGGGCUACCUGGCCGCCAUGGGCAAGGCUGGGGGAGGUCGUAACGAGGUCGACCCUCGCUUUGUGUCGCUUUUCACCGUCUUCAACAUGACGUUCCCUUCAGACGAGUCACUGCACCACAUCUACUCAUCCAUCCUGCAAGGUCAUCUUAAGCCGUUCAGUGAUGAGAUUCGCGGGCUGGCCAACGGGCUGACCUCAGCGACCUUGACUCUGUACCAGAACAUUGUGCGUGACCUUCCGCCGACCCCGUCUAAGUUCCACUACAUCUUCAACCUGCGUGACCUGUCCCGGACGUACCAGGGCCUCUGCCUCACCACCCCAGACAGGUUCCAGACUGCUCCCCAGUUUAUUCGCUGUUGGAGGAACGAAACCACCAGAGUCUUCAAUGACAGGCUCAUUAACGAUACAGACAAGGACCUAGUUGUGGGCAUCAUGAAGGGUAUCCUGGAGGAGAACUACCGGCAGCACAUCGAGGCCGUCCAGAGGGAACCCUGCCUGUUCGGCGACUUCCGCACGGCUCUGGAGGAGUCAGAACCUCGGGUGUACGAGGACAUUCAGGACUAUGACGCAGCUAAGGCCUUGUUCCAGGAAAUCCUGGAGGAGUACAAUGAUAACUACACGCCCAUGAACUUGGUGCUGUUCGACGACGCCCUGGAGCAUCUCACCCGCAUCCACCGCGUCAUCAGAAUGGACCAGGGUCACGCCUUGCUUGUUGGCAUAGGAGGAUCAGGCAAGCAGAGCCUGACCAAACUCGCCUCCUUCACCGCCGGAUGCGACAUCUUCGAGAUCACGCUGAGCCGAGGCUACGAGGAGUCUAACUUCCGCGAUGACCUGAAGAUCCUGUACGGGAAGCUCGGGGUGGAGAAUAAGAAGACUGUGUUCCUGUUCACAGAUGCUCACGUGGCACAAGAAGGUUUCCUGGAGCUGAUUAACAAUAUGCUGACAUCAGGCAUGGUCCCUGCUCUGUACCCUGACGAUGAGAAGGACGCCAUCAUUCAGAGUAUGAGAGACGAGGCAGGCAAGGCUGGUUCGGGCCCCGCCAGGGAGGCGAUCUGGCAGUACUUCGUCACCAAGUGUUCCAACAACCUGCACAUCGUACUUGCCAUGUCCCCCACAGGCGACACUCUUCGUACGCGCUGCCGGAACUUCCCCGGACUGGUGAACAACACGACCAUCGACUGGUUCAUGCCGUGGCCUGAACAGGCUCUGUACGCCGUUGCCAACGUGUUUGUGGGAGAAAACCAGAUGGUACCAGACCAGCACCAGGAACAGGUGGUGAGCCAUCUGGUGUACGUGCACCAGUCAGUGGUGGACUACAGCCGCCUCUUCCAGCAGAAGCUGCGCCGCAUCAACUAUGUUACCCCGAAAAACUACCUGGACUUCAUCACCUCAUACACAAAGCUGCUGCAGGAGAAGGACCAGUACAUCCUCUCACAGUGCAAACGUCUGGAAGGAGGUAUGGCCAAGCUUGCGGAGGCCAGUGUGCAACUGAAUGAGCUAAACGAGAAGCUAGCCGUGCAGAAGGUGGCCGUGACGGAGAAAACUGCUGCCUGCGAGGCCCUUCUGGAAGAGAUCUCGUCCAGUUCAACUGAGGCUACAGAGAAGAAGAAGUUUGCUGAGGCCACUGCAAUACAGCUGGACGAUGCUGAGGAGUCCCUUGCUGAAGCCAUGCCUGCCCUAGAGGCCGCACGUCUCGCCCUACAGGACCUGGACAAGUCUGACGUCACAGAAAUCAGGUCCUUUGCGAAGCCUCCCAAGGCGGUGCAGACGGUGUGUGAGUGCAUCGUGGUGAUGCGGGGGAUCAAGGAGGUGUCCUGGAAGUCAGCCAAGGGGAUGAUGUCAGAGCCCAACUUCCUCAAGUCUCUCAUGGAGAUGGAUGUGGACGCCAUCACACAGGGACAGACCAAGACUGUCAAAGGCUUUGUGAAGAGCAUGGCUGUGUCUAUUGAAGAGAUGUCUGCCAUCAGUAGGGCCGGGGCCGGCAUGCUGAAGUUUGUCGAGGCUGUCAUGGGGUACUGCGAUGUAGCCAGGGAGAUCAAGCCUAAGAGAGAAAAGGUGGCGCGUCUGGAGAGGAACUACCACCAGUCGAAGCGCGAGCUUGAGAAGAUCCAGAAGGAGGUGCAGGGUCUGGAGGACACGCUGGCCAAGCUGAGUCAGAAGUACGAGGACGCCAUGCGGGAGAAGAGGGAACUGCAGGAGGAGGCUGAGAUCAUGGAGCGUCGACUCAUCGCUGCAGACAAACUCAUCUCUGGGUUGGGAUCUGAAAAUGUCAGAUGGAGGCGCGACCUGGAAGACCUUAAGGAACAGCGCGUGCGUCUCCUUGGCGACUGCCUCCUCGCCUCGGCCUUCCUGAGCUACCUGGGUGCCUUCAGCUGGGACUUCCGGCAGGACCUUCUGUUUAAGGAGUGGGAGACAGACGUGGUCAACAAGGCCAUCCCGCUGUCUCAGCCCUUCAAACUGGACGUGCUGCUCACUAACGACGUGGAAGUCAGCAAGUGGACCUCAGAGGGCCUGCCCCCAGACGAGCUCUCCAUCCAGAACGGCAUCCUCACCACCAACGCCUCCCGCUUCCCACUCUGCAUCGAUCCUCAGCAGCAGGCACUCAGCUGGAUCAAGAAGAAGGAGGAGAAGAACAACCUCAAGGUGUCUUCCUUCAACGACCCAGACUUCCUGAAGCAGCUGGAGCUGGCCAUCAAGUACGGCUUCCCCUUCCUCUUCAAGGAUGUGGACGAGUACAUCGACCCUGUCAUCGACAACGUGCUGGAGAAAAACAUCAAAGGUGCCCAGGGCCGCCAGUUCAUUGUGCUAGGAGACAAGGAGGUGGAUUAUGAUCCCAGUUUCCGGCUCUACCUCAACACCAAACUGUCCAACCCCAAGUACAGCCCCGCUGUGUUUGGCAAGGCCAUGGUCAUCAACUACACUGUCACCCUCAAGGGUCUAGAGGACCAACUGCUGAGUGUGAUUGUUGGGUUUGAGCGGAAGGAACUGGAGGAACAGAGAGAAAGGCUGAUCCAGGAAACAAGUGACAACAAGCGCCUGCUGAAGGACCUGGAGGACUCUCUACUGCGUGAACUGGCCACCUCCACAGGAAACAUGCUGGAUAAUGUGGAGCUGGUCCAGACUCUGGAGGAGACCAAGAGCAAGGCUUCGGAGGUGACAGAGAAACUGAAGCUUGCCGAGAAGACCUCCAUCGACAUCAACAAACUCCGUGACGGCUACCGUCCUGCAGCCCGGCGCGGCGCCAUCCUCUACUUUGUGCUGUCAGAGAUGGCGAUCAUCAACACCAUGUACCAGUACUCCCUGGCCUCGUACCUGGAGGUGUUCGACUUCUCCCUGAGGAAGAGCCUGCCCGACUCCAUCCUGGUGAAGAGGCUGAAGAACAUCAUGGACACGCUGACUCAUAAUGUGUACAACUAUGGUUGUACUGGUCUGUUUGAGAAGCACAAGCUGCUCUUCUCCUUCCAGAUCUGCAUCAAACUGCAGCAGAACGAGGAUCGCUGCCCCCAGGAGGAGCUCGACUUCUUCAUCAAGGGUAACCUGUCUCUGGAGAAGAGCAAGCGGAGGCGCCCGUUUGACUGGAUCCCUGAGCAGGGCUGGGAAGACAUCAUCCGCCUCACCGAGUCCUUCCAAGAUGCCUUCGGAUCGCUGGCCGAGGACAUCGAGCGCAACGAGAGACACUGGAAGGAGUGGUACGACCUGGAUGCCCCCGAAGCGGCGCCCUAUCCAAUGAAGUACAAGGACACCCUGACCGACUUCCAGCGCCUCAUGCUCCUUCGCUGCUUCCGCGUGGACCGUGUCUACCGUUCCGUCACCGACUUCGUAACGGACAAGAUGGGUGAGAAGUACGUCACGCCGCCCGUCGUGAGCUUCGAGGCGAUUUUCGAGCAGAGCACGCCGCUGUCGCCUAUCGUGUUCAUCCUCAGUCCGGGGUCCGAUCCCGCCGGCGACUUGUUCAAACUGGCGGAGAGAUCCGGAUUCGGCGGGAACCGUCUGAAGUACCUUGCCAUGGGACAGGGACAGGAAAAGGUUGCCCUCCAACUGCUGGAGACGUCCAUCGCGCGUGGCCACUGGCUGAUGCUUCAGAACUGCCACUUGUUGGUGCGCUGGCUGAAGGAUCUGGAGAAGGCUCUGGAGCGCAUCACCAAGCCUCACCCCGACUUCCGCCUCUGGCUCACCACAGACCCCACACCAGAGUUCCCCAUUGGCAUUCUGCAACGCUCGCUAAAGGUUGUGACAGAACCUCCCAAUGGCCUGAAGCUGAACCUGAGGAACACCUAUCACAAGAUCACCGCCACUGCACUGGGAGACUGUCCGCACGAGUACUUUCCCGCGCUGGUGUACGUGCUCGCGUUCUUCCACGCCGUGGUGCAGGAGCGCCGCAAGUACGGGAAGGUCGGGUGGAACAUCCCCUACGACUUCAACGAGUCAGACUUCCAGGUGUGCAUGUCCAUCCUACACACAUACCUGAGGAAGGCAUGUGAGCAGGGAGACCAGAAGGUGCCGUGGGCCAGUCUCAAGUAUCUCAUCGGGGAGGUGAUGUACGGCGGCAGAGCCAUCGACAACUUUGACCGGCGCAUCCUGUCCACCUACAUGGACGAGUACCUCGGGGACUUCAUCUUCGACACCUUCCAGCCCUUCCAUUUCUACGUCAACGAGGAGGUUGACUACAAGAUCCCUGAGCUGGGACCCAGAGACAACUAUGUGGAGGAGAUUGAGAAUCUUCCGCUGGCAAACACGCCCGAGGUGUUCGGCCUCCACACCAACGCUGAGAUCGGCUACUACACGCAGGCAGCCAAGGACAUGUGGACCAACAUGGUGGACCUGCAGCCGCAAACAGGUGGUUCGAGCACUGGCAUCAGUCGAGACGACUACAUCAGCAACAUUGCCAGCGACAUCCAGAAGAAGCUCCCGGCCAUCUUCGAGCUGGACAAGCUGAAGAAGAAGUACGGAGUGGAGAUCUCCCCGACCACCGUGGUGCUGCUACAGGAGCUGGAGCGCUUCAACAAGCUCAUCUCCGUCAUGGGGAAGACUCUCGCUGAGCUGCAGAGGGCACUGAAGGGUGAGGUUGGAAUGUCCAACGUGCUGGACGAGGUUUCGCGGUCGCUGUUUAACGGGCAGAUCCCGGCCGUGUGGAGGAAGCUCGCCCCCGACACCCUCAAGUCGCUCGGCAACUGGAUGAUGCACUUCCAGGGGAGGUUCGACCAGUACACCACAUGGGUGAACGAGGCAGAGCCUCCUGUGAUGUGGCUGUCCGGCCUCCACAUUCCCGAGUCGUACCUGACGGCUCUCGUUCAGGCCACCUGCCGUAAGAACGGCUGGCCGCUCGACCGCUCCACCCUCUACACCAACGUCACCAAGUUUGCCACUGCAGGGGACGUCACGGAGACCGCUCACCAAGGGUGCUUUGUGUCAGGGCUGUACCUGGAGGGCGCGGCGUGGGACAUGGAGAACAGCUGUCUGAUCCGCCAGCCGCCCAAGGUGCUGCUGCAACCCCUCCCCAUCCUCAAGGUCAUCCCCAUCGAGGCACACCGCCUGAAGCUGCAGAACACGUUCAAGACGCCGGUGUACACGACCUCGCAGCGCAGGAACGCCAUGGGGAUCGGGCUGGUGUUCGAGGCGGACUUGGCGACAUCCGAACACUCCUCCCACUGGGUGCUGCAGGGCGUCUGCCUCAUCCUCAACUCAGAUUAGAGUUUCCAUCCAAAUUUCUGGUUUCCUUCCAUCUCAACUGGACACAUCUGUUGUUGUUGCUUAAGUUGUUGAUUUAAAAUUUUUAAACAAAAAAGCAAAAUAUCGUCUUUGACCUGAUAAAAGUGUAUCAGAACACUCAUGCCAUUAUUCUUCUCAUUUUGAUAUUACAGUUGGCUGUUAUGUGUUAUUGAUUUAGCUUUGAGAAAAGUGACAAAUUUUCCACGUGUACAGAGGGCUUAUUCAAGUGACUGUUAACUUUGUUCAUAGAAGAUUGAGUUCCAGUUAUUACAUCGUUUGUGACUCAAGUAACAGAGUUUGAUGUACUUUGUUUUUGCAUGUAUUUUGCAGAAUAUAUGAAAACGUAUGGAGUCUUGCUUACUAAGAAUGCUGUUGUUGUAUUAUAGCUGUAUCCAUGAGCUUUUUAAGCAGAGUGCUUACGAUAUAAGAAUGAUAAUGCUGCUAAUAUUUGCUCACACAACAUGGGAUGAUGGUGGCUUUCGUCACAACCUCAUGUUAUACAAAUGUAUGUACCUACUCAAAAGACUAAGAUAAAACAGUCAACUAAUGUGCCUGAUUUUUAAGAGUUCAUGUUACACUUAGUAAAAGACACAUAGUGCCUUUUGCACAGCCAAGUAGUAAGAUUUACCUUCAUCACACUUCAUUUUGAUGUUACAGUAUUUAUUUUGAUGUUUUCACAAAACAAAGAUGUAUAGAUUUUCAGAAUCAUAUUCCAUAGAAAGGUGAAUGUUUAUAAGAAAGAUUGUGUUUGUGUAUAUUUGGCCACCUCACAGAAUGUCUAUAGAUCUUUGAAUUGAAAAUCUUCAAUGAACUAUUUUAGAUUGAACCUGGGGUGUAAGAUUAUAUUUUUCUAUGUGCCACAGAAUAAAUGUGCUGUUAUCAAUCAUUAUAUUUUACGUGAAUGUGUUUUUUUAUAUAGCCAUAAAGAUUAGAUACUGGGAUAUUCUAAAAUGAGACUAUAGCAAGUGGUCAUAUAUUAAAAUUAGUUUCAUAAGGUUGGUACGCAUAAGUCACUUGAUAACUAGAGUCUUUGUAUACAAUGAAGUAAAUAAUUAAAGACGGAUGCUUUGGUGA